AUGGCAGAUCUUCAUUAUCAGAAUGAGGGAUAUGGAAAGCCAUCAGAUGAUAUUGUUUUAGAACAUGUGGAAAAAAACGUCAACCUCGUUACAGACUCUCAGAUGGAGGCAACAAAAGUUUCACCUGGAAAUCCGUUUCUACCAAAAUAUGAAAACAAACAGAACCAUGGACUGCAAGGUUCUUUGGUCCUCCCCAGUCCUAGGAAAAGUUUAACUGCAGGCACAGACACUCCCACUUCAUCCAGUUUUUUAAAGACUCGUACCAACACUUUCCGUACUAAAGCAACCUGCCACCCGAAGUCUCACAUUGUUUUCCUCAAGACACACAAAACUGCAAGCAGCACUAUUUUAAACAUCUUGUAUCGCUAUGGUGAAAGCAGGAACUUGACCUUUGCCCUCCCUCUGAACAAACAUAGUCAGUUGUUUUACCCAUUCUUCUUUGCUUCACAUUUUGUGGAAGGUGUCAGCAGCAGAAGUGUGAGGGAGUUCCACAUUAUGUGCAACCACAUGCGGUUUAGAAAAUCAGAGGUGGCAAAAGUGAUGCCGCAGGAUACCUUCUACUUUUCCAUCCUGAGGCAUCCUGUGGCCAUGAUGGAGUCCAUCUUUAUUUACUACAAGAGUAUCCCUGCCUUCCAUAAGACUCACAGCCUGGAUGAGUUCCUAGACACAAGCAGGAGAAACUACAACUCAUCAUUGGCCAACAACCACUACGCCCACAAUAUAAUGGCUUUUGACUUUGGCUUUGACAACAAUGUUGCAGCUGAUGCUGAAGACCUGGAGGAAAGAGCCAGCAUGACUAUUGCAGCUAUCGAACGGGACUUCCACCUCAUUCUUAUUUCUGAAUACUUUGAUGAGUCCAUGAUUCUGCUCAAGAAUGCCCUCUGCUGGUCCCUGGAAGACGUGGUCUCCUUUAAGCUCAACAGUCGCAAUGAACGAACUCGUCGUACGCUUUUACCACACACUGCAGAGAAAAUCAAGAGGUGGAAUGCUUUAGACUGGAGGAUCUACCUGCACUUCAACACCACCUUCUGGCACAAAGUGGAUAGUCUGGUUGGGCAAGAACAGAUGAAGAGGGAAAUAUCUCAGUUGAGAGAGCUACAGGCCAAACUAGCAAAUACAUGCCUGAAAGAUGGUGGGGCAGUAGAUCCGUCCCAGAUUAAAGAUGCUGGGUUGAAGCCAUUCCAGUAUGGAGCAGCUGUCAUUCAGGGCUAUAACCUAAACACACACAUAGACAGACAAACCAAAACCAAAUGUCAGCGAUUUAUAACUCCAGAACUGCAGUACACAGACCAUCUGUACAGCAAGCAGUUCCCUGAGCUAGCUGAUAAGCACAGACAAGAAGGUAGAAUAGCUGCGCCACAGCAUCAGCGCUCAGGCAGAGCCGCUAUGAUGGGAAUGGCCUGGGCAAGGGAAGCCCAUCACAGACAGAUCAUAAGACACAGAUUCUCAAAUGUCAAGAACCAAAAGGCCUCCACAGGUGCUCUGUUAACACAUACAGAAGCUAAUAACAAAACAAGUGUGCCAUGA